UCGCAGGGGUCCUCCAAGUGGAAAAUACUUAGGUAUGGGAGCAAAGAAGUCACCAGGGGCCUCAGAAAUCCUGAAGAAAAUGCUGAAGAAAAUGUUGGAGGACGUGGAGAGAGGACAGGAUGUGGCCAGCGAGAGAACUGGAAGUGCUGACACUCCUGUGCCUGCUGCUUCCUCCACUUCUCAGACACUCCCUGCCCUCCAGCCUGAGAACAGCCCCACAGGCCUGCCUGUAGGCCAAGGCCACCCAGCUUCCUGGCCAGCCUCCAGCACUGAGGCUCCAGCAGAAGGCACAGUUUCAGGUGUGGCCCUGGAGGGGACUUCUCCAGAAGCUCAGGAUCAUGUUCCACUGCAGCCUGGCUGGUAUCCCUGGGGAAUGGACAGCAGCAUAAGUGGAAAUGCUGACACUGCCUGGCAGCAGCCAUGCACCAUCGACAUGGACUCUCUGAAGAACAUCAUCAUGCAGACUUCUGCCCGUGGAGCAGAAGUCUUAGCAGCCACCCUUCUCCUGACACUUACAUUUCUGGUGUUCUGUGCUGUGGCCUUUUGCUGCCUGAAGAAAACAAUAGGGAAAGCCUGUGCAGAUUCCAGAGAGCAAGUGGGAAAUGACAGCUCCUCCUCAAGCCUGGAGAACCAGAGGAGCUGCUCUGACACACCUCAAGUCUCCAUCUCAGAGCAGACCCCAGAGCAGCCAUUGGAGACAGGAGCAGUGGCACCUCCACCCAGCCCACAGCCCUCCAAUGCCUCCAAGCUUUCCAAUGCCUCCAAGCUCUCCGAUGCCUCCGAGCCCUCCAAUGCCUCCGAGCCCUCCAAUGCCUCCGAGCCCUCCAAUGCCUCCGAGCCCUCCAAUGCCUCCAAGCCCUCCAAUGCCUCCAAGCCCUCCAAUGCCUCCAAGCUCUCCAAUGCCUCCAAGCUCUCCAAUGCCUCCAAGCCCUCCAAUGCCUCCAAGCUCUCCAAUGCCUCCAAGCCCUCCCCUGCCUCAACACCCUCCAGUUCCUCCCCAUCCUUCUUGGCACCACCCAACCCGCCCAUCGUGCUCCCAGAGCAGCCCAAGCAGAAAUGGUUUCCACCCUGGAGGAGCCACCAUGCCAGGCAGCCCAGCAAGUCACACAAGGUCUCCUCUUUUCUGUGUUGUAAAUAA